CCCGCUAGAAAAGUCCAGUUUUUCUUCCCAACUCCUCUCUUUCUUUGUUGGUGGUAGUGAGAAUCUAUUUCUCUGGAUGCUCUCUGUAUCGUGAUCAUUGUCGUUGGUGUUGGUAAUUUCACAUUUUCAGUUAGCAGAUUAAAGAGGUAACUUACUGAAUGGAUAUCCCACAAGAAGUAGCUGGAGCUUGGGGGCUUCCCUCUAGAUUUGGUCGCCACAACCAUCUCCCCACUGAUGCUUCUUUGUUCUCCACUUCUUUACCUCUUCUUCCCCAUGGAAAACUGCAAUCAAGUGACAUCAGGGAUGGUUUCUCAUUCACAGAUGAUGCAGCUGGUUCUCAUCCCUUUGGAAACAUGCUCCCUGAUGAAGAGGAUCUUCUGACAGCGAUGAUGGAUGAUCUUGACCUUACCCAGUUACCAGAUUCUGCUGAUGAUUAUGAUCUUUUCGGUAGUGGAGGAGGAAUGGAACUCGACACCGAUUCUCGAGACGGCUUUACCAUGAGUGGUGGUCCUCCAAGGUUAUCCAUUCCAAGCCUUGCUGGACCGGGAACGGUUACUGGUGAGCAUCCUUAUGGUGAACACCCCUCCAGGACAUUGUUUGUCCGGAACAUUAACAGCAAUGUGGAGGACUCCGAGCUCAAGGCUCUCUUUGAGCAAUACGGUGACAUUAGGACGCUCUAUACUACUUGUAAGCAUAGGGGAUUUGUCAUGAUAUCUUAUUAUGACAUCCGUGCUGCUCUAAUGGCUAUGCGGUCGUUACAGAACAAGCCAUUAAGACGUAGAAAGUUGGAUAUUCACUUCUCAAUUCCCAAGGAUAAUCCAUCUGAGAAGGAUAUGAAUCAGGGGACGUUAGUGGUGUUUAACCUGGAUCCUUCUAUAACUAACGAUGACUUGUAUGUAAUAUUUGGUGCUUAUGGCGAGAUCAAAGAGAUAAGGGAAACACCGCACAAGUGGCAUCACAAAUUCGUCGAGUUUUAUGAUGUCCGAGCAGCUGAAGCAGCAUUGAAGGCUUUGAAUAGGUGUGAGAUUGCUGGAAAACGUAUAAAAGUUGAACCUAGUCGCCCUGGAGGAGCUCGCCGAAGCUUGAUGUUGCAACUCAACCAAGAACUUGAGAAUGAUGAUUUGCAUUACCUACCACUGCUUGGUUCACCAAUGGCAAACUCUCCUCCAAGUAACUGGCUGCAGAUGAACAGUCCUAUUGAGUGUAGUCCGCUUCAAAGUGUAAUGAGUAGGUCACCGGUUUUCGGGUUUAGUCCUACAAGGAACAUCCAUUUGUCUGGUUUGGCUUCUGCUCUAAACUCACAAGCACCAAACUCCAAGCUUGCACCCAUUGGCAGGGGUCAGACUGGCAGCAGCGUCUUCCAAGAGACGAAGAUGGAUCACAAGUACGCUGGGAAUGUUUCACCUUCUGGUCCUUUGAUCUCAAAUGGAGGCAGCAUUGAGACGUUAUCAGGAUCAGAGUUUCUCUGGGGAAGUCCUAACUCACGCUCUGAACCUUCAAACUCUUCUGUUUGGUCAACAUCAUCCAGUGGCAUUCCAUUCUCCUCAGCUCCUGUACACCGGUCUGUUCCAUCUCCGCAUCAGACUCACAACGUUGGGUCUGCACCAUCUGGUGUUCCUCUUGAAAAGCGUUUUGGAUUCUUCCCAGAGUCUUCAAAGGAAACUAUGUUCAUAAACUCUCUUGGUCUCAACGGUGGAAGCUUCCCGUCAAAAAUGGCAAGUCAUGGGAUCUUGGUCGAGUACAGAAUGGUGUCUUCACCAAGAUUCAUCAGCCUCUUAAACCCGGGACGGUUCACCACCUCUGGCUUUGAUGGUUUGUAUGAGAAUGAAAGGGCGCGUAGAGUCGAGAGCUAUUCGAGCCAGGUGGAAAGCAGGAAGCAGUUUCAGCUGGAUUUGGACAAAAUUAUGAAAGGUGAGGAUUCUCGGACUACCUUGAUGAUCAAGAACAUUCCAAACAAAUACACGUCAAAGAUGUUGUUAGCAGCGAUUGAUGAAAAGAACCAAGGAACUUACAACUUUCUGUAUCUGCCCAUUGAUUUUAAGAACAAAUGCAAUGUUGGCUAUGCGUUCAUCAACAUACUCUCUCCAGAUCUCAUCAUUCCAUUUUACGAGGCGUUCAACGGGAAGAAGUGGGAGAAGUUCAACAGUGAGAAAGUAGCUUCGUUGGCUUACGCUCGGAUACAAGGAAAAUCUGCUCUUAUAUCCCAUUUUCAGAACUCAAGCUUGAUGAAUGAAGACAUGCGUUGCCGUCCAAUCAUCUUCGACACACCUAACAGUUCAAACUCUGUUCAGCAGGUUAUCCAUAAGGAAAGUAAGAGUGUGGAUCUCCGUGACUCUGAGCUUGAUGAUGAUGGUAGAGGGAAGUGGUGACACACGAGUAAAGAAGACUAGGUGUUGUGGUCAUGGCUGUUUUGAAGUACUAAUUUUCAACCGUACAUAUAUAUAUAUAUAUAGGUGAAAGGCAGCGUUAACUGAUGCGGGACCCUGCAAAGUGUGUUUUUUCGAUUUGCGGGUUUAAAAUGCUGCAGCUGGAGUAUCUAUCUACUAUGUUUUUCUUUUUUGGUUUCAUGGAGUACGUGUAUAUAUUAAGAAAAUCAUGAAUACUCAGGUUUUAUGUGGGGUAUUAUUAUGUUGCAACU